GAUGGAAUCAGUUUUGAUCUUCAAUUCUGGAGCGGUGUCAAUGGGAUUGUCAUUCACUCAGAACAAGAGAUCGCCUCCAGUCACUCAUUUGGAGUCACCUUUCGACAACUCACUGCUUUUCGAAUAACGAAUGUAUCACAAUUUUUUGCAAAAGUCUAGUCAUAUUUGAUCCCCCUCUCGAACAAAAGCUGAUUGGUAUCUAGCUCGACCGAUUCGAAAUCUUACUACCACAAAAAUCGUACAUCUCGAAUACUUGACAAUUCCAUAAGCUGAAAAGAACUCAUUCAACUAAAGGAAAAGAAAACUCUCGGUUGUUUUAUGAUAAAUCCCAUUCUUGAUAAGACAAUCAUGCAACUCUUUACCAUCAAUUUUUGCGCCAUAUUUACUCUCCUAAUAUCCAUUGUCAAUGGCAUAAAGGAAGGCCCGUACUGCCUCGGAGUCAACAAGUGUACCUUGUACAUGAGCUGGUCGGCAGGCUCACCCGGCCUUAAAUCCGGUACCAUGGCAAUGCCCAGAGAUAUUACACUUUUUGACAAAGACUGCAAAACCAUUGACCCAAAAAUGACGCAAGCCGAAGCGAAACGCCCAAUCGAUAUCAAAUCUUCGUUACCCGAAACCAUAACUCUCACUGGGCAGAACGCCAUUUUUGAGAUGCCACUCUUCACAUAUGGUAAGAAUCAAGAUGGUGGGGAAAAUUGCGGACAAGGCGAAUAUAAAGGCGAUUAUAACUGGCUCUGCCAAUUUGCGUGUUAGGGGAUGGAUUGAAGCGUCUUGAUGGACCGAUCUUGCCGAUUAUUAGCAAAGCGAGAAGAAUGAAUAGCCGUGCUGGAUAGUUUUUGUA